AUGCGAGCCCAAACUGCAGGGCCUGGCAUUGAAGGCGAAGAUACGGCCCCAGACUAUGCAGCUGCACUUCCGUUGCUGCCGAAUGGUGUGGAUAGACCGGAAGCUUCGCCCCAGAGCAUGCAAUCACUCCCCUGGUCGCCGAGUGUGAUGGGAUCAGGAGGAGAACAUGGUACGUUAGAUCCAGUUGCUGAGCAGCCGCCGGCGCCGCCGAGGCUUCCUGUCGGGAGUUUGGCAGGUUCUGGCCUGGAUGUGAGGGCGCCAUCAGGAGCUCAAUCGAUCGAGCUACGAAGCCCCAGUGCGACGGCUGAAUGGCCUCCCGCGCUGAGGUGGAUGGGACGGCUGAAUGAGUUCUUACAGCGAGCAACCGGAGCAUACCUACAGACGACAUUCAACAUCACCACUACAUUCAGCGGACCUGCGGCAGCAGCAAGCUACAGCGUCUACCUCAACGGCUCCGACAGGGCCUCUUCUACAUCGAUUCCGAGAGAGCUGGUUCAAGAAGAAGUGAGACGACAGGUCAUGGAAGCUAUGCGAAUGCAGACUGCUACGAUUGAAGAGCUGCGUCGAGAGAAUGAGUUGUUGAGGGCCAGACAGGCCUUGGAGGAGCGACAGAGUGGACCGCGAGGUGAUCAGUACGGCACGCUGCCGGCUGAAGGACCUCACGGUGAUGGGGCUCUGAGUUUGCAGCAAGCAGUACCGCACGGUGAUCGGGCUUCGCUGGUGCAGCAGAGCGUACCUCAAGGUGAUCGGGCUCUGGUUGUGCAGCAAAGUGUAUCUCCAGGUGAUCGGGCUUUGGGUUUGCAGCAAAGCGUACCUCAAGGUGAUCGGGCUUUGGCUGUGCAGCCACCUGUACCUCCUGGUGAUCGGGCUUCGCUGGUGCAGCAGAGUGUACCUCCUGGUGAUCGGGCUUAUUCUGAGCAGCAUACAAGGGCUUCUGAUGAUUGGUCGCAGUCUUUCUCCUUCGGUGGCCCCAGCGGAAGGUCUCUCGGAGUGCAGUUUGAUCUGGAUCGUGAAGAUGAUUUGCCUGGGACGCAGUCUCUCAGUAGUCAGACUGGCUACCCGUUCUCGGGGUUACUACAGGGCGAUGUGUGCGGAGCCUCUGAGGGUCCAGUCCCUCCAGCGGUUUCCACUCCAGUGGGUCGUCUUCGUGGUGAUUAUGGGAGUCGAGCUAGAUCAAGGACGAUGAGUCGGGAGAGAGUGUCUCCGCCUCCACCUCCUCCUGGAAUUCCAUAUGGUUCCGCCUCAACUCCUGUAGAUGGCGACUUUGGAUAUACUUCAGGUCCAGCUCCGCCGCCACCGAGCUCCUCGGGCACUGCUUCGAGGCCUAAGGCUGCUUUGGCGAGUAAUCCUUUAGAGGCUUUGGUCGCUGGCAUGACGCAGAUUCAAGAAGUGCUCCUGAGGGGGAAGUCUGGAAGUGAUACCGCUGAGUAUGAUCCUUCGAAGUCUGUUGUGGAGUUUCCAAAGUUGAAAGAGAAUUCAGCGGAGUCAGGAGCCAUCGACUUUCAGGACUGGCUUUACUUGGUGGAGCAGCAGGUUGGAAGCCUUGCUUCUGGCGCGUCGUCUUGGUGGUCAGGUCUUCUGGCUGCCGCUAUGAAGGCCUAUGGGGUCUAUCAGGCUUCCACUCCAAUCCAGAGGCUGACAGUUAAAGCCGAGUUGCCCCCCGAGUUGGAUGAUCCGAAGUAUCUCAAGCUGGAGAAACGCGUUGCGGCCCUAUUGGUUGCGGCACUGCCCCAAGCCAUGAGAGAUGAGAUGGUUUCUUAUCGGGUGCAACGUGUGCACCAGCAGUUGUUUCGAUUGUUGGUGUGUUACCAGCCUGGUGGCAGCUCAGACAGGGCCUUGGUUUUGGCGCAGUUGGAGCCGAAGGACGGGCCGAAUGAUGUGACAGAGGUUGUUGCUGCUCUUCGGAGGUGGUUCCGAUGGCUUCAGCGUGCUCGUGACCUUCAGCUGUCGUUGCCGGAUCCAUCAGUGCAAAUCAAGGCGCUGUCCUCUAUCGUGAGGAAGAUCUCUGAGAAAAAUCAUGAUCUGCAAUUUAAGAUAGCUUUGGCGAGAACAGAGCUUCGCACCGAGAGCAGGCCCACUCAAGAGACCGCGUUGAAGUUCUUCCAACACUUGUUGGCCGAGGUGGAGCAACUUGGACAUACUAAGAGCCGGAGCAAUGUGAACAGUGCAUCAGCUACCACCGCGAGCUCUACUACCACGGCGGGGGAUGAUGUUCAAGCCAGAGCUCGUGCGGCUCAGGUCCAACCAAAGGGCAGCUCACCUUCGGCCCCCAAGGACGGCAAGGGCGAUGGGUGCCUGGUUUGCGGAAGCAAGAUGCACAAGGUGAAAGAUUGCCCAAGGAGAGAGCUCGAGCCGGCGAAUGAUAGCCCUAGUCCAAAGGGGCUGAACAAGAAGGAGCUUAAAGCCUUGGCUACGGUGUGCUCGGGUGGACUUGCUACUACUACGGCUACGGCAAAGAGUCCACCUCCUCUACCACCUCCAGCUACGGCACCAAUGUCUGUGGCAGCUAUGGCGGCAGCUGAUCCUCCCAUUCAUCCUGAAGUCUCCAAUGAUUCGCUCAAGGAGGUGUUGGCUGAGACAACCAAGGUGCUAAAGGCUUUGACCUCUACUUCUUCGGGCUCUUUCACCACCGGUGCUCAACCUCCUCCUGCUGUGCAAGACCCUUUGCAAAUGUUGGCUCGGAGAUUGCAGAAGUUCACUUUGAGCAGCCUCGGGGAGAAGAUGGCUCUCCUGGAUUCUGGUGCUAGUCAUGCCUAUCGAAGGGCAGCUGAUCGUGAAGAGCAGGAGCGAGCUCAACCGGUAAGUGUGAAACUUGCCGAGGGCGAGACUACGUUGUUGCAGACAAAAUCUGGAACGCUCUUGGGGGAUGCUUCAGCGGAGACGUUGGUCCCAUUGGGGCAACUUGUCCAAAUUCUUGGGUGCACUGUGCGAUGGUCCAAGAACCGCCUCAUCGUGAAUCAUCCAAUUCAUGGACGGCUGAAAGUUCAAGUUCGGGACUACUGCCCACAGAUGGCCGAGCAUGAGGCGCUCCGCCUUAUUAGCGAGCUCGAGGAGAAGCGGUUGAUGGAGAUGAACAAUACGGUUAAGGCCUUGGAGAUGAGAGUGGCUCAGAGCGAACAUGUUAUGGAGUGGUUCGAGUAUGUUCAGAGCUAUGUCACCACUGGAAAGCGCGUGGAGCUGCUGGGAGCUCUCACUAAGGCCCCGUUUUUCAAGGACGUCUCCUUGGAUACGAUUGCCACGGCAGCAGAGGACAUCCCCCUGCGUGACGUGGAUGGAUGGAAGCUUCUCAAGUCUAUGCCAUGGUCCAGAAGGAAGCGAAGGUCGCUGUAUCGAUCCAACGAUUGGAAUGUGCAUCUUUUCUCUGGACCUUCGAGGCCAACGAGUACGACAUCUACUACUUCCAGGUUGUCUGUCACUGAGGCCUCGGGUGUCAAUGUUGAGGUCGAUAUCCUGGAUUCGGCUUUGAUGGAUGUAACCAGGAUGGACGGCGUCUUCAAGGUUCUUCUAUGGGGAGCGGCUCGUGGAAAGAUCAGGACUUUGAUCGGAGGCCCACCGAGAAGAUCUUAUUUGGUCGAUGAUGAUGAAAAGAGGGCCAAGGAGGAGCCGCUUGUGAUCAGGAUGUUGGUCUUGGCAAUGGUGGCUAUGGAAGGACGACGCCAGCAUCGCAGCGAUCGGUUGGGUUUUGCUUUGGAGCAUCCGGACAAGGUCGUAGCCCAGGGAAAUGUUUGGUCAAGCUCUUUGUGGAAAGGCUUUUCGGAGGUGUAUGGAAUGGAGGUGGUUCAGUCAGGACGCGGCUCUACGGGAACAAAUAUGUACCUGGAGGCCUUGAACUUACUGACAUCAACUACCACGACUUCUGGAGUUUGGGCCAGUGAGUAUGCUCAGGCGAUUGGUGAAGCCGUUAAUGCCUGGACGGGUUUUUCAGUGCAUGAGUCGGUGCUUUGCUCUGUAGCUGCAGGUCCACCCCCAAUAUCAUGUAAGAUGACUGCGAAGGAGUGGCAACUACACGUGAGCCGGGACCACAUUCCAUUUCGCAAGGAUUGCAAGCAUUGUGUUCAGUCAGCAGCAGGACGACCUCAUCGCCGCGUGACUCAUAAAUCUGCUUAUGUUCUAUCUGCAGAUGUAGCUGGACCGUUCCGGGUCAAGGGGGUGAAUACCGAGACUAAUCAGCAUCGCUUUAUGCUGGUAUGCGCUUACCAGUUCCCUAAGCUUCCUGGAACCCCAGAUGCUCAGCAUGAGUCUGUUGAUGAUGAUACUGGUGCGGGCGCGGGCCUCGAGGAGUUGCUCUUCGAGGAGGAGGGCGGUGAUGAUAAGCAUGAGAUCAUUGAGGAGAGUGGCGCUGAUAAGCAUGUGAUCAUUGAGAAGGAUGGCGGUGCUCAAGCUGAUGAUGCGAGUGGCCCUAGUCCUGAAGAGGAGGCUGCAAAAGCAUUUGAGCCGCUGGAGUUUGCUGUGGCUUAUUUCGUGCGACCACUCAGAUCCAGAAAAUCCACUGAGGUCCUUCGUGCCUUACAAGAAGUGUAUAUCGACGUGAAAAUGCUGGGACUACCUGUAAGUCGACUUCAUUCGGACCGUGCGAGAGAAUUCCGCACGCCUGCGGUCUCAGCUUGGGCCGCGUCGAGAGACAUUCUCGUGACAAGGUCCGAAGGUGAUGCGCCGGCGCAGAACGGCACUGCGGAACAAGCAGUGAAAUAUCUGAAGUCUCGAACUCGGAUCUUGCUUGCAUCGGCGCAGGACUCAAGUGGAAGGGACAUCAAAGAAGUGAAGACGUGGUGGCCGAUGGCCGCUGAGACGGCAGCUGUGCGUCAGAGAUCUUUGGUGUUCGGUCUCGAGUCAAAUCCCCCGGCAGGCUUUGGAACCAAGGUUUUCGUGAAAAGAAAGAGAUAUGGUGCUGAGGCUCGUGAUCUUGAUCCUAAGUGGAGCAGCGCGGUCUACUUGGGGCCAGCGAGGGAUGUUCCUGCGGGUCAUGUUGUUCUAACUGACGACAAUCAUCUGUGGAACACCUGCAAUGUCCGACAGCUACCUGAUGUUCCCAUGGAGCCGGAUCCCUCAACCUUGGCAGCUAGAAGGAGAAUCUCCGGAAAAAAAAGGCCGCCAGUCGCACCUAUACCUUUGAAGGCUUUGAGGAUUUCUUCUUUGUCAAAGGGGAAGCAAGAAGAGCGCGAUAAUCUCCUUGUUGAGUCCCUCCCGGUGUCUGAGAUUAAGUCGGUUGCGAAGGUUGAAUAUCUUCCCAAGGGCGAUGUGAUGAAGCCUUUGGCCCAGGUGUCCCAUGAGAAGCAGUGGUAUGCCUUGGAGGACUGCUUCGCAAUUCUUGAGGAUACUCCUUUCAAGAAGCCAUCUAAGACUAGGAACACAGAGGCUUGGGGAGAUCCUGGGCCAGAUGUUUAUGUAACCUUUGGUGCCUACCAGCAUGGCAACUUCACUGGCGUGACCAAUGCCACGCGGGACUAUCCGGAGCUGGUGCAGUACCUGACGGCGUUCAUCAGGAGACACUCAGGAGAGAGCGAUCCUUUCACAAGCGUGGUUGUGGCCAGAAAUUUGGAAACUGGGCUGCACCGCGAUCGCUAUAACGUGAAUGGCAUGAGGAACAUAGUCAUUUCGUGCGGAGCCUAUGAGCAGGGUGGAUUGUGGGUCGAAGGAUUCCAUGAUGGCUUGGAGUCAAUGUCCUUGACCCUUCCCAAUGGGCAGAAAGUUGACGGCUCUGUUGUGCCUACUGAAAAUCAGGUGGUGAAGUUCAAUCCGAGGCGACUCCACAAGAGCCUCACAUGGAAGGGCACGAAGUGGACCAUCAUUGCCUAUGUGAAUCGUGGAUUUGCUCGUCUACCAGAGGCAAAGGUGCAAGAGCUGCGGGAUUGCGGCUUCCUUGUUCCUCGGUGUGAAGAAGCUACGUUGAGCCAGCUACGCCUUCAGGAGGAGCAUGUGGAGUUUGAUUAUUGCGAGACCUCUGAUGAGGAGGAGCAUUUCGUGCAAAGCGUGGCUGCAGAAUCGAGUCUUGUUAACGUGAGGAAGCUCCUUGAUGAAGAGGAGAAGAUAGAGUCCAUUGGUCCUGGCAUCUUAGACCAGGAGGAGCGGGACGCAAUCGCCCGCGUGAAUGUCAAGGCGAUGCAUCUCUGUGAAGCAUUAGAGGCAGCUGAGGCCAAUCGAUGUGACGAUGCAGGUGAUCUGGACAGCCUUAAAUGGUUCCGGUUGUGUCGGCUUGUUGAAAGUGGAGAACAACAUGGAGUUGAAGAGCUGUUGAGAAAUCUAAAUGCUCCCUUGCAGGUUGUGUACACUCUGACGCUUGGGGAGGUCCGGGAGAAUGUUACGGCUUGGAAAAAGGCGAUUUUGAAGGAGGUUCAGGCGUUGAUCAAUUGUGGGGCCUUGGUUAAGCUGGACGCGGCCGAAGAAGACCGUCUUCAGCGCGAGGGCAAGCUAGUGAUCUUACCGGCCAAGGGCGUCUUUACUGUCAAGCCCCCCGACCUUCAAGCAGCUGCGGAGGCAAUCCAGUCAAAGCCGCAGGACCAACUAGAGUUCCCAGAUGGUGUCCAGUCAAAGCCUCAGGACCAGCUAGAGUUCCCAGACGGUGUCCAGUCAAAGCCUCAGGACCAGCUAGAGUUCCCAGACGGUGUCCAGUCAGCAAAGAGUUCUCAUAAGUCGGGUUCGAUUCCAGUUGAUGCCCUAUACAAGCGUAAAGCAAGACUGGUCAUUUGUGGCAAUUUCGAGAAGAAUAUCAGUGAGGAGUUGUAUGCCGGAGGUUGCCAAACGGAAUCCCUGAGGAUUAUGGUUUCCCACGCUUCAUCCAAGCCAUUAUGGGACGCAGCGGUGACAGACAUUCGGAACGCCUUUGUGUUAGCUCCGAUGUGCACUGAUGCUACGUAUGGGCUGCGGUUUCCGAAAGUGUUUCUUCUCGCUUUGGGUCCAGAAUGGGAUUGGCUUUACCGUGUAGAUCGGGCCCUUUACGGCUUCAGACGCUCUCCACGCCUUUGGGGCCUAUUUCGAGAUGCUAGGUUCAAGAAAGCCAGGAUCACACUUCAGAGCCUUGUUGGAAAUCGUGUGGCGGUUCUCAGAAGGUUGGUUGCUGAUGAGAAUAUCUGGCAGGUCGUUGUUCUAAAAGAGGGCAGCGAGGAGCCAGAUUUUGUGGCCGCCUACAUUGUGGUCUAUGUUGACGACAUCUUGUAUCUCGGAGAACCAAGCACGAUUUCAGAUGUUCAUGCGUGGUUGAGCGCUGAGUGGACCUCCAGUCCUUUGACAUGGGCGUCUGAUAUGGAUGGUAUAAGGUUUCUCGGUUUGGAAAUCUAUAAGUCCAAAGUGGGAUAUAAGAUGUGCCAGUUUGGUUACUUGCGUGAGCUCCUACGUCAUCAUGAUCUAACGAAUGGCCCCGGUGCUAGAACUCCAUGUCCGAGAGAGUGGCUCAUCGGCGAGGGCGAAGUGGAGCAGGCUGUGUAUGAUGAAGUGAGCUUGAGAAAGGCUCAGCAGAUGACAGGUGAGCUGUUGUGGCUUAGCACGAAGUCGAGACCAGACCUCAUGCAUUCGGUCUCCAGCAUGAGCUCUCUUUGUUUGCGAGAUCCAAUCCUGGUUGAAAGAAUCGGGAAGCGGGUUCUUGCCUACUUGUUUGCUACUUCGCAGCUCUCUCUUAUGUUCUUCGGAAGCAGUGAUGAGCCGGAACAUUCUGCUGUGGCCUACUCGGAUGCCUCUUUCAGCCCAUCAGGCGGAAGGUCUAUUGGCUGCUCUCUGAUCACCUACAAUGGCAAUGCAGUGGCUUGGCGCUCCGGGCGCCAGAGCCUGAUAGCACUGAGCACGGCAGAGAGCGAGUUGAUAGAAGCGGUUGCAGCGGUUCAUCUUCAGGCAGGAAUUUCAUCAUUGACGUCAGAGAUCAACGCUUCAGAGAUUCAUCUUCUGUUGCUUGUUGACAACAGUGCAGCUGUUGGCUUGUGCACUGAUGCACCAGGCACAUGGCGCACGAGACACUUGCGCGUCCGCGCGGGUGCGCUUCGAGAACUUGUUAGAGAAGGCGUUCUGGUUAUCCGACACAUCCCAGGUCUUCUGCAGAAAGCUGAUCUUGGAACCAAGGGGUUUGAUGCAGUUCGUCUUUUUGAGCUACUUGAACUUUGGGGUUUGGUGCAAAAUGAAGAUGAUCGACCUCGUAUUCCUUCUCCAGCAGCGAUACCGCAAGCAGAAACGACUAGCAAGACAAGCAAUCAUGUAGCAGGUUUAAGGGUUACCUGGGUUCAUGCAGUUGCACGCCUUGCUGUGGUGCUUUUCUGUUUGACGCAGCCUGUUGCUGGCAAGAAGUCCAAGCCUGACAUCGAGGUCAAUUUCGCUUGGGAGUUAUAUGGCAUGGUUUUUCUUCUGGUAGUUGCUGGGAUAGCCAUUUGGGAGGUUGCCAAGAAGAUUUGGGGGAGGCUAUAUCCUGAAGAGCCUGAGUCGCGAGAAGCUAGACGUCUUAGGAAGCUGCAGAGUGCUGUACGAGAUGAGCUUCAGGGAAUGGGUUUAGGUAGUCAAGCCACGUGGUCUUCUUCAAGCUCUUCUUCUCAGGGACAUCCAGUGCCUCCUCCUACAUAUGCCACCGGGGGCGAGGAGCAUCCAUACCCUCCUCCGCCUCCACCAUAUCCUACUGGAAGCUUUGAUGAUCCCCCACACCUUGAGGAGCUCAGGGGCACCUUUAGGAGAAGGCGAGGGCGAACUACAGAUCAAGCAGUUCAGACUGAGCCUCGGAGGAUUCAAGGAGAAGUUACGAUCCAGUAUACUACGCCGCUGUAUGUGACCAAGAAUGGGAAGUGCAUUCACGCUAGGGACACUUGUUCGUCCUUGGUUGCGGGAGGCAGAACAGAGCAGCGGCACCUUUGUCAGCUUUGCAACAGAGGCUGA